UUUACAUCCCAUCAGCGCGUAACAAGUUCUCUCCUUCUCUAUUCCAACGGUUUUUUGUAAUACACCUCAUUUUCAGUUGUUUCACUCUCUUUCUCAAUCCCGUUGUCUCUUUCAGCACCUAACCACUUAUUCUGCAACUGACUAUUGUAUUUACUUAUUUUCUGUCACAGCGACAUGAAAGUCAAGAAUCAUCAACGUCAAAGAUCCAAAGGUAUCAAAGCACCCACGGAUAAAGCUGCUGGAGUUGCUUUUUUGGACGCUCAUGCUGUUGUGGUUCAAGAGUCACCACCACCAAAAGAGCCGUCAGGCAGCAAUAUCCAAGUAGGCGAUAAUUAUUCGGUCAUGACAAAGUCGAAGGGCAACAGUAAUAACAACAACGAGACGCCUGCGCCUGGGAGUGAACGAUGGUACGAGCUGGGGUAUCCGGGACUUGUCGUCAAUGGAGUGAUUAAUAGGAAUGUAAUUCGAAACUUCGAUACAUUACUAUUGGCGGCAAGAAUUACCAACGGACUGGGAAGCGUUCCCAAGAGUCAAAGAGAACCGAAAGCCUUUAGUGGCAUAUUUUGUUCUGAAACGUAUCUCAAUGGUACCUGUUGCAUCGCCGAAGUUUCCAGGGACCGCGACAUCUGAAACGAGCAACAAAAUGGGACCCUACUCCCAGCAAGAGGAAUGGGGUUACCUAUGCGGGAAACACGGAAAUAGCAUGCUCCAACGUGGACACCUCUAUCGUUCUGGCAUGCCCGCCUCCUUACUGGCUCGAGUCGAAAUUAGCCCAUUCAUACUCACGAAAGAUCUGGAAGAUCA